AUGCCUCAAGUGCGCGCUCUGCCUGUGCCUCAAGAUAACUCCAAAGGAAGACAAACUAAUGGGAUAGGCAGUUGUGGAGGUCGUGGAGGUUGUGGAGGUCGUGGAGGUUGUGAAGGUUGUGGAGGUUGUGGAGGUUGUGGAGGUUGUGGAGGUUGUGGAGGUCGUGGAGGUCAUGGAGGUCGCCUAGGUGGUGUUGGAGGUGAUGGCAGCAGAGGUUCAAGUGAUCCUGAAUCCAGUGACCACGAAGAACAUUCUGAUUCCGAUGAGAUUGCUUUCACUUUGGAAAACUAUGAAAGCCAAAUGUCGUCCUGGACCGAUAAACAACUUUGUGAUGUCUUAGGAAAGCAAACUCAAACUUCUAACCAGAUUCCUACUGAAGUACAAGAAGCACUGUUAUUCCACAAAAAGAACUACUGUAAGAUUAAGUUGAUGCUGGUGCUGAUUGGGAAUGUUUCUGAAAAGAGUGGGAGAAGAUCAACCACCAAGAAGAAAGAGCAAUUGGAAUCGUUCCUCGAAAAGGUUAUUUUUUGCUUCUUUUCAAAACUACCGACUUCCCUGGACAACCAUGAUACCGAGAAAGAAGAAGAAGAAGAAGAAUCUCUUACCCCUGAGGAAGAGGCCCUCUAUCGACCUCUUUAUCAAAGAUUGGUUAAUCAUGAAAAGGUUGAGUUCUUGGCAGGUAAUUCUCAAGCGCCUGAUAAUACGUCGGUGGUUUCACAAAGAGCACUCAAGCAUAUCAUCCAUAUCAAUUCCGAGCUUUUCACUGUUUCCAACCUGUACAACUUGACAUUUUACUUGUUGUCAGCUACCAGGUUCCCCGGGAAUGGAAGCUUCUGUGAAGAGUUGUCAAACGAUCCAUCCUGGCUGCAAAUUGCGAAGUCGAAGUGGUUUGCCAAGGAGAACUUUGAAGCGUAUAGUCAUGGAAGAGAUAUUCAACAAGUUCUUCAAGAAUCUUCGGCUGAAACCAACAGGCCUGCCAAACGACCAAAACACGCUGAUACUGUAAGAACUCAGUUGCGUCAGGAGCUCAAUAGAUUACUAUGUCUUGCACUCCGAGUUGAAUAUGAUCCUUCCCCCAAGAAAAAGGGUCCAGUUUUCCCCAAACAAAAGGAUCCGGUGACUCUGCUGGAGAAGGAAAAUCCAGCUGUUAAGAUAGUCCAGUUAGGGAAUUCAACUCUGAAGGUUGAUGAGUUAGCAAUUGGGUUAGAAUAUAUGCGUAAUCCUGUAAGGGAAAAGUGGCUUGAUGAUAUUAAGAAUUGUCAGCCUUAG